ACUGAAAUGCAGGGACUGGGCAGGCUUCAAUGAUUCGUUUGGUUAAGGAGAGAACAGCCAGACUCAUGAGGCCGACGUGUAAUACUUGAGCAGGCUUAGUUAAAGCGGUGUGUGGGGAGGGUAUAUUAAACGGUUUGUUAAAGGUGACUCCAACACGUGAAACUCUUUAUAAUCCAGUUUCGAAUAUCCUUUAGCCAUGUCAUGUCAUGCUUUCCACUCAACGCGGAAGGUGAUUUGUGUGUGAUUCGUUACUCUCUUUAUCUCGUCUCGGUCAGGUGGGGAGAUUAGAUAGCUACAGUAGCUCGUGCAGCGCUCUGCAUCUGCCAGUUUCUCGCGCUGUGAAUGGACACAUCGCCAUCUCUGUGCAAUCUCUCUGUUUAGUGACAGGACCGGGAUUGGAUCUCCAGCACGCAAAAAACAAUCCAAUACAGCAAUUCUAUUGCUGGAAAACGCACAGCACCCGAACUCCCUUUACGGAUUAUCAUCAGAAAUAGGAACCAAAGGCAGAAGUCACACGUUUCUAAAAGGAUGACGGAGGUAAUAAAGACCUGUGAGCCUGUGAUUCAGGAUUUCAGUGUGGGGGCCACACCAGAGGAGCAAGGGCUUGGCUGUCAGGUCUUCCCAGAAUCCCACGAGAGGUAUCCAAAGUUGUCCAGAAGAUUGCCGUCGAUAGUAGUGGAGCCCUCAGAGAGUGGAGAGGUUGAGAGUGGAGAGCUGCGCUGGCCCCCUGAUGACAUGAGUUCCUCAGAAAACAAAACCACUGCAGACCAGCCCUGUCAGAGUGAACUCAACUCAGCCAUGAGAGCAGAUCCUGCGGUGGAACCAUCUCAAGAUUCAGAAGACACCACAGCAGUGCACAGUGCCUCUGUCUAAAGCCCCUUGCGACCACGACUAGAUUGUCACUGUGAAUAUCUAUCCACAUACUGGAGCAACGCGGCAAGCUGACUGCUAGACUUGACAGGCACCGGUUGUGGUUUAAGGGACCCCUAACACUUCUUGGGUGGACAGUGUUCAGUAAACUGUCUUAGUUAGCUCACGUGUGCCACAGUGUGGUGGUAGGAGCUGUACUUUGUAGUUCUGUUUAGUUCACUUUCUUAGCUAGCUUUCUCCAUCGUAUUUGAUGAACUUUAUUACUGAUGAUUAUUCUU